AUCUGAAAAUGAGCGGCAGAGGAAAGGGAGGGAAAGGUCUGGGCAAAGGAGGCGCCAAGCGCCACCGCAAAGUCCUCCGUGAUAACAUCCAGGGCAUCACCAAGCCCGCCAUCCGCCGCCUGGCCCGCCGCGGCGGAGUCAAGCGCAUCUCCGGCCUCAUCUACGAGGAGACCCGCGGCGUGCUCAAGGUCUUCCUGGAGAACGUCAUCCGGGACGCCGUCACCUACACCGAGCACGCCAAGAGGAAGACCGUCACCGCCAUGGACGUGGUCUACGCUCUCAAGAGGCAGGGACGCACUCUGUACGGCUUCGGAGGCUGAAGCUCCAUCCAGCGACAAAACAAAACAAAGGCCCUUUUCAGGGCCGCUCACCACAUCUGAAGUGCAUGUCCUCGUAAUAUUUCAUGAACGGCUACUAGACUUCACGGUCUACAGCUAUAAUGGCUGGAUGGCAGGCUUGCAUUCAAAAUGGAAGCAUGAUUUUCACAACCACCACUCUGCUUCGACGCCUGUUUUCACUUCAGCGUU